CUCCUUCACAUGUCGGGGUCGCCUCCGCCGAAGCCCGGAAAGCCCGGGGCCAAGCCGGCCAAGCCGCCUCCGGCUGGGGCCAAGCCCACCAAGCCGACCAAGACCGGGAAGCCGUCGCCGGCCGGGCCAAAGCCAGCCAAGCCGCCGCCGGCCGGGGCCAAGCCGCCGCCAACCGGGGCCAAGCCGGCCAAGCCGUCGCCAGGUGGACCCAAGCCGGCCAAGCCGGGCAAGCCUGGCUCGCGGCCGAGCUCGCAGGAUAUCUCGUCGCGUGUGCCGCCGGGUGGCAUUCCGAUGAUGGUACCGGGUGGCGCGCCACCGCGGCGGAAGAGCCCGACGCCAUCGCGCGAGGCGACGCCCGAGCCUGCUGCGGCUGCGUCGGCCGAGGAUAGCUCGCCCAAGCCGGGUCCGCGCAAGGGUCGCCGCGGCUCGGUCCUUGACCGGGUUGCUGGCCUCAACCUGCCGAUGAUGGGCCCGCCUGGCAGCUCGCCGCCGGCUGGCGGCCUCGGAGUCCCCGGUGGACACGCACGCGCCGGCCGCCGCAAGUCUGUCGCCGACCGGGUUGCCGGCCUCAACAUUCCGAUGGGCGGGCCGAUGGGUGGUGGCCCGCCCAUGGGCAUUCCCGGCAUGAUGGGUAGUCCGCCGCCGUCGUUGGCCAACAAGUCUGCCCAGCCGCGCGACCUGGAUCUCUCGGCCUCGAAGGAAAAGACGUCAGCGGCCGCCUCGCGCAAGGGUCGGCGCCGUCCGUCGCGACGCGAGCGUAAGGCCAACCCGGCCGCACUCGAAGUCAUCCGCGCUGCCGAAGAGGCCGAGGCCAAGGCCAAGGCUGAGGCCGAGGCCAAGGCCAAGGCUGAGGCCGAGGCCAAGGCCAAGGCUGAGGCCGAGGCCAAGGCCGAGGCCAAGGCCAAGGCUGAGGCCAAGGCUGAGGCCGAGGCCAAGGCUGAGGCUGAGGCGGAAGCUGAGGCUGCGGCUGCGGCUGAGGCAGAGGCUGCGGCUGAGGCAGAGGCAGAGGCAGAGGCAGAGGCAGAGGCCAAGCCGGACGAUCCGCUCCCGCCCGCGCCCGCCAAGUCGCCCAAGCCUGCGCCAGCCAAGCCUGCACCCGCCAAGUCGCCCAAGCCUGCGCCGGCCAAGCCUGCACCCGCCAAGCCUGCGUCGGCCAAGCCUGCGCCGGCCAAGCCUGCACCCGCCAAGUCGCCCAAGCCUGCGCCGGCCAAGCCCGCGCCGGCCAAGCCUGCGUCGGCUAAGCCUGCACCCGCCAAGCCUGCAUCCACCAAACCUGCAUCCGCCCCAGGAGUUCCUUUGCCGUCCAGCGAGCCGGCUGAGCCAGCCGAGCCGGCCAAGCCGGCCGAGCCCGAGCCGUUUGUCGAGUCGCCAGAAGACGCGGCCAAGUCGCCCAUGAUGCUGGCAACUGACCAGCUCAUGGACUGUGAGGCCGAAAACAAUGUCAUCUCUGUGGAGCAACUCAAGAGACUCCACGCAUACGCUGCGGCUAACCCGCGCCUCGCCAAGGUCAAGGCUUUCUACGACGAUCUCCUGGCCAAGGUUAUGGUCGAGGAGAGCGCAAAGUACUCGGCCGCCGAGCGCGAGGAAUACCUCGAGGCCCACGAGUUCAAGCAGCGGUCGAUCAAGCUGCGCAACCUGACCGACACCUGCAACGCGUGCUUCCACCGCAAGGCACCCACCGACUUCGCCGUCGCCCAGCUCGAGGCAGGCGAGACGUUGGAGGCCAAGCAUGCCGAAGACUCGACCGCCGAUGUGUUUGUGGCGCAGGCCGGCUCGCCCUGCCUCGCUGUCUACGGCACAGAUGCCACCGGCAAGUACGAUCUCUACUGCAUCGCAGCUCGGCUCGCUGCCACCGCCGAGUAG